ACGGUACAGCAAGUUGACCGGUGCCCACAGCGUUUUGCUCUCACUUCGCCUCGCAUCUCCCGGGGCACAAGACAUCAGGAAUGAAGUACCCUCUAGUAUUGGCCUUUAAUAUUGCAUCUCUACUGACUGUCGCCGUGUGCAGUUCAGUUCUAGAUCAAUCCAACGGUCCAGAACAGCAACAACCUGAGCAGCAGCCUGAGCAGCAGUCUGAGCAGCCAGACAACUGUGAGAGGGUAGCCCCCUUACCUCCCUGGGCAAAGAACUCGCGCGGAAAAUGUUGGUACAUCUGCAAAGGCUGGCCACUCCGCAUCCAGUUCGAGCCUGAAGGUAUCGCUUGUGGGCUCAUAACCGUGAACAACACUAAAAGGAUCUGCAGAAGUGGGACCUGUGUUAAAUCCGAACCUUCUUCCGGAGAAUCGGGGCAGCCAAAGAGACUAAUUCCAACCCAAGAGUCCGCUUCUAAAGGAGGAACGGGGGUUGGAAAUCUGCUAGGAACGAUCAAGAAGCAGGAUACUGAAGACACCACCACAUCUGAAGGAGGAACUGGGGUCGGAAGUCUGCUAGGAACGUCGAAAAAACAGGAUACUGAUGAUACCACUUCGACAAAAUCGAAGUCAACAUUGAGUAUUGGAAAGGGUCUUCUAUCGAAGAAGCAAUAGCUACGGAUGCACUGACGAAGCAUCAUGACUUUGUAAUUGUGUGAUAAAUGCUACGACGUGGAAGACCGCACAGCUCAAACAUAUUAGCACAGAAAAAGAAACGCGCAGGCGGCUUUGUCGUUUUUUAACCAGUUGCUACGAGAAUAAAUGUUAUUUCGGAAUUUUUGCAGCCAGAAACCUCAUUUUGUAAAGGUUACGGCUGCAAGUUUUGUUACUGUAGUAAAAAAAAAAAGAGAA